GAACGUCCCCACGAAGUAGGGACGCCGGUGGGACCAGGGACCAAGGAUGAACGAAGCACCAGGGAAUCUCGAGGUAGAUAAACCUGUUCCUCCUUGUGAUGUCGGCGGACACCGGACGUCUCCUCGAAGUAGGGACGCCGGUGGGACCAGGGACCAAGGACGGACGAAGCACCAGGGAAUCUCGAUGUAGAUAAACCUGUUCAUCCUUGCGAUGUCGGUGGACACCGGACGUCCCCACGAAGUAGGGACGCCGGUGGGACCAGGGACCAAGGACGGACGAAGCACCAGGGAAUCUCGAUAUAGAUAAACCUGUUCCUCCUUGCGAUGUCGGCGGACACCGGACGUCUCCUCGAAGUAGGGACGCCGGCGGGACCAGGGACCAAGGACGAACGAAGAGUAUGGAUUGCCUCCACCAAAAAAAAAAAAAAAAAAAAAUGGGGAGAAGAGGAGAGGAGCUCCUAUGUAGAAGGGAAUCUUGCCCGGGUGUGCCAGAUCUUCUCCAACCGCCGAAGACGAACGCCUCUCGGCGUAGAGGUUAGUAGAGACGCGGAGGGGGCUAGACGAACCAAGGGAGCCUGCCAAGAUAAACCUGUUUAUCCCACAAAUGACCAUGGAUCGAUGGACGUGGGGUAACAAAGUCGGGGACCCGUGAGGGUAGACCUGUUCGUCCCUGCGAGUCCUUGGGUACCGAACGUCCUCUUCGAAGCAAGAGACGUCGGUAAGGCUAAAAGGACCACGGACGAACGAAAAGGGGGGAAUCUCGAUGUAGAUAAACCCGUUCAUCCUUGCGAUGUCGGCGGACACCGAACGUCUCCUCGAAGUAGGGACGCCGGUGGGACCAGGGACCAAGGACGAACGAAGACAAAAAGACUCCAAAAAAAAAAAAAAAAAAAAAAAAAAAAAAAAAGCCGGAAGAGCAAGGAGCAAAGAAUGAUUCUUUUAUUCUUCGGUACUAUUGGCCGGGAGAUUACAAGACAAUGAAAAUAAUGGGAAAAAUUGUACAAGUACAAGGUCAUGAACGGAGAAUCACUUCUGAUCGACGUCCGGAGCUGGAACCUUGGAAAGAGCCUGCUUGCAUUCUUCACUGGCUCUGGCUUCCGCCUGCUCCUUCAGCAGCUCGAGGGCCCCUGCAUGAGCGUCUGCCAUCAAGACGUCAAAACCAGCCGCCUCCGGAUCGAAGGGAGCCCCAAAGUGACGCUCGAACGUCGGGAGAUUCUCCACUACUAGCCCAACCAUAGCUUUGCGGUAGGUGUCAUCGGCGAGAUCGUCAAGGAAACGACGUCCGGUGGGGGUGGCCUGGAGCAAUUUAACCCCAUCCUGGUAGGCAUCCGGGCAGGUGGCCAGGAACUCGCCAACGAGCCGCGGGAGGAACUUCAUAGCCAUGGUGUGGAUGGCGCCAGUAUAAGCCUUGGAUUUCUGAAAGGCAAUGGAACCAGACUCCUUGAUCUUGGCAACAUCGGCCUCAUAAAUAGGGACAUGGUUGUCCACGCCCGUCUGGCGGAGUUCCACCUUGGCCUGCUCCACGGC